GGGGCGGCGCGUGUUGACAGCGGAACGGUGGAGCCGGGCGGGCGGCGGGAGUCGGCGCCUCAGGUUCCUGCCUCGCGUCCCUAGGCGGCGGCGGCCGGGCGUCCCGGGAUGGCCUUCAUGGAGAAGCCGCCAGCCGGCAAGGUGCUGCUGGACGACACGGUGCCGCUGACAGCAGCCAUCGAGGCGAGCCAGAGCCUGCAGUCCCACACGGAAUAUAUUAUUCGAGUGCAAAGAGGAAUUUCUGUGGAAAACAGCUGGCAGAUUGUUAGAAGAUACAGUGACUUUGAUUUGCUUAACAACAGCUUACAGAUUGCAGGCUUGAGUCUGCCUCUUCCUCCCAAAAAAUUGAUUGGUAACAUGGAUCGUGAAUUCAUAGCUGAGAGGCAGAAAGGUCUUCAGAACUAUCUCAACGUGAUCACCACAAAUCAUAUCUUGUCUAAUUGUGAGCUGGUUAAGAAGUUUUUAGAUCCAAACAACUAUUCCGCAAACUACACUGAGAUUGCCUUACAACAGGUUUCCAUGUUCUUCCGAUCAGAGCCAAAGUGGGAGGUGGUGGAACCUUUGAAAGACAUAGGUUGGAGAAUAAGGAAGAAAUAUUUCUUGAUGAAGAUUAAAAAUCAGCCAAAGGAACGGCUAGUGUUAAGCUGGGCUGACCUUGGCCCAGACAAGUAUUUGUCAGAUAAAGAUUUUCAGUGUCUAAUCAAACUUCUGCCUUCCUGUUUCCACCCUUACAUCUAUCGAGUUACCUUUGCCACAGCUAAUGAAUCCUCAGCGUUGCUAAUUAGGAUGUUUAAUGAAAAGGGAACGUUGAAGGAUCUGAUCUACAAGUCAAAACCAAAAGACCCGUUUCUAAAGAAGUACUGCAACCCUAAGAAGAUUCAGGGCCUGGAACUCCAGCAAAUAAAAACAUAUGGACGGCAAAUAUUAGAGGUACUGAAGUUUCUUCAUGACAAAGGAUUCCCUUAUGGGCAUCUUCACGCCUCCAACGUGAUGCUCGAUGGGGACACUUGCCGGCUGCUAGACCUUGAGAAUUCCUUAUUGGGCCUGCCUUCCCUCUACCGAUCUUAUUUUUCACAAUUCAGGAAAAUCAAUACAUUGGAAAGUGUGGAUGUUCACUGCUUUGGCCACUUACUGUAUGAAAUGACUUAUGGACGACCGCCAGACUCGGUGCCUGUGGACUCCUUCCCUCCUGCCCCGUCCAUGGCUGUGGUGGCCGUGUUGGAGUCUACGCUGUCUUGUGAAGCCUGUAAAAAUGGCAUGCCUACCGUCUCCCGGCUCUUACAGAUGCCAUUAUUCAGCGAUGUUUUACUAACCACUUCUGAAAAACCACAGUUUAAGAUCCCUACAAAGUUAAAAGAGGCAUUGAGAAUUGCCAAAGAAUGUAUAGAGAAGAGACUCAUUGAAGAACAGAAACAGAUUCACCAGCAUCGAAGACUGACAAGAGCUCAGUCACACCAUGGAUCUGAGGAGGAAAGAAAGAAAAGAAAGAUUUUAGCUCGAAAGAAGUCAAAACGAUCUGCUCUUGAAAAUAGUGAGGAGCAUUCAGCGAAGUACAACAACUCCAAUAAUUCAGCAGGAUCUGGGGCCAGCUCACCUCUCACGUCCCCGUCAUCGCCAACUCCACCCUCUACAUCAGUAGAGCAUGCACCAUUUUGAACGUGAAUUUUCGGGAUAUCUGCAUUACCUCCACCUCCUCCACCUCCACCACCACCAGCAGCUCCCUUGCCUCCUGCGAGCACCGAGGCACCUGCCCAGCUCUCGUCUCAGGCUGUGAAUGGCGUGAGCCGAGGGGCCUUGCUCAGCUCUAUCCAGAAUUUCCAAAAAGGAACUUUGAGGAAAGCCAAAACCUGUGAUCACAGUGCUCCGAAGAUCGGCUGAAGCUUCCUGUUUACACUUGGAGGGAAAAGUUCUUUUUUAUUCCUACUCACCCCUACGCCCCAAACUACCCUCUUCCUGGGAAAAUAAUUGCUGAGCCAGUACAGCCACAAACAGUACUGUUUUGCAGAUGCUCAUGUAAGAAGCUUUUCAAGAGGGAAAUAAUUCUUUAAGCAGAAUAAAGUUAGGCUGGCAUUGCUCCCUUAAGAUUUUGCUCCUUUAUUAACCCUGUAAAGGAGUCUUGUUUAUCCUCUAAUGGGCAUGCUUCAGGGGCAGCAGCAUAUUGAAAUAUUUUCACCAACUAAAGGAAAUAGACAGAAAAACAAUGACAAUAUUCAAUCACAGCAGUAAAUGGCCUUUGUGUUGCAAGCCCUUCUACCCCAUCAGACAGCUCCUAGAAACAUUCCUCUUACAGUUCAUUUCUCUAAAGCAUUUUCUGAUUCUUAGAUAACUCCAACUUUUGCUACUUUUACCUUAGACAUUAACACUAUAGCCCAAAGCAUAGUUACUUUGCUGAAUCAGAAAGCAACUGAGUUUUUCGUUUUCUCCUCAAAUAGAAUGGGGAACGUUCACAACAUUCUCUUAAGUUCUAACAGAAAUACCAUUGUGGUUAUAGAACUCAGGGCUGCUAAAGCAACUACUCUAGACCCAUAGUUCUUUUUAGUUAGAAUGUAUUGAAACAGACAAAAAUAUUAACAUCAGAAAAAGCUAUGGCCUAUUAGAGGAUCUUCUUAAUCCUCAGUAAUUAAGUUUGGGGUUUGAGGGGGGCAGGUCAUUGUUACAACAGAAGUAAAUUUGGCAUCUAUAAAAAUCAAUUAAGAUGUUUGAAAGAUUUAUUUAAAUAUAUCAAUAUAGCAUCUUUUUAAUGUUACUCAUUUAUUAGAUCCUUUAUCCUGAUUUGCUUAAACCUUUCAAUUGCACUUUAAAGGAUUAUAAAUAAUCCAUUUAAAAAUUCAAGUACACACAUCAGUGUUGGUUACUAUGCAGAGAGAAUGUCAUUGUGUAUAGUUUCAUGUAAUCUGUGAUAAAUGUCAGCCGUAUUUUUUAUUAAAAUCAUGUCAAGAAAACGUGUUGUCUUUAGCUUGAUGAGAUAUUUCCAAUGAUAACUUUUUGUAGCCUCUGUUGUUAAGAAUAGAUUCACACAGUCUGAGGUUUCCUUCCUGCCUA